AUAUGUGUGUGUGUGUGUCAGCUGGUCAUCUCAUUGGUCCAGUGGAGUUGAAUCAGGAGCAGCAACGUUCAUCACUGGAACUGAGGAGGUUUCUAUCUCUCUAUUCCUCUACUAUAUCCCUCGCUCCUUAUCUCUGUGUCUCCCUCCUUAUCUCUAUCCCUCGCUCCUUAUCUCUGUGUCUGCCUCCUUAUCUCUAUCUCUCGCUCCUUUUCACUGGGUCUCCCUCCUUAUCUGAGUCUCCCUCCUUCAGAUUUCUCUCCUUCUCCGAAGCAUCGGCAGCCCACCGGUUCAAAUCCACAGGACUGACGGAGGCCCUAUAUCGUAUUUGUCCCCCAGACUGACCCGUCCGUCCGUCCGUCCGUCAACCAUCCCCUCUUUGACCUCCCCCCCCCCCCCCCCGUGGAGCUGUUAAACCUGAUGAUGGAGAACUUUACGGCUGUCGGAGCAUCGACCACAGAGACAGAAGGUAUCCAUCUGAACUGCAGCAUGUCCGGGAGGCACAACUUCAUCUUCACCCUGAUCCCGGUAGUGUACGGCUGUAACUUUGUCAUCGGCAUGGUGGGGAACAGCAUGGUGGUGGCGGUCAUCUACCGUUACAUGAAGCUGAAGACAGUGGCCAACGUGUUCGUCCUCAACCUAGCCAUCUCAGACCUUACCUUCCUGAUCACCCUGCCCAUGUGGGCCACCUUCACAGCCACAGGCUACCAGUGGCCCUUCGGUGGGUUCCUGUGUAAGGCCAGCGCUGGCCUGGUUAUGUUCAACCUCUACAGCUCCAUCUUCUUCCUCACCGCGCUCAGCAUCGACCGCUACCUGGCCAUCGUCCACCCGGUGAGGUCGCGGCAGCGCCGUACUGUGCUCUACGCCCGUAUCACCUGCGUCCUGGUUUGGCUCUUCGCCCUCCUGCUGUCCGUCCCCACGGCCCUGACCAGAGACCUGAUGCACAUCACCAACUACAACAUCACCACGUGUGGCGUGCUGCACCCCGAGGGCUCCAGGCACCUCCUCCUCAUCAUCAGCCUGAUGAAGAGCAUCCUGGGGUUCCUUGUUCCCUUCCUCAUUAUCAUAUCAUGCUACUGCCUGAUUGGUCAAGCCCUGGUCAGGGCGAGGAGCAUCCAGAAGACCACCCGGUCGAGAGACGAUGAGGUGUUGAGGAUGCUGGCGGCGGCUGUCCUGGCCUUCUUCCUGUGUUGGGUGCCUCACCAGGUAUUCCACUUCAUGGAGCUCCUGGCCCAGCUAAAGGUUAUAACGAACUGUGUGAUGGUGGACGUCAUCGACACGGCCAUGCCCUUCACCAUCUGCAUCGCAUUUCUCAACAGCUGUGUCAACCCCAUCCUCUACGGCUUCGUGGGACAGAACUUCAGGAAGAACCUGGUCCUACUGCUCCGCUGCUCCCCCGCUGGCCUGGCUGGGACACAUCCCUCCAUCAUCUCUAAGAUGUCCACCCUGUCCUACCGCCCCUCUGAGGCCCUGCACCUCACCAACAAGAACAAUGUCUGAUGUGAGGAGGGAAGGAGUGUGUAGCUGUGUAAUUCCUUGGCUCUUCUGGUUGUGUCAAGUGAGGAGUAUGAAGGAAUACACAUUGUGGAUGCCUCCCAAAUGGCCCCCUAGUCCCCUAGGCCCUUUGGGCCCUGGUCAAAAGUAGUGCACUAUAUAGGGAAUAGGGUGCAAUUUGGUACACAUCCCCAACUGUUAUACCAAGCACUGAACCGUGGUUAGAAGUUGUACCGUAGAACUGUAGAGAAAUACAGGUAGAAUUAUUAAAUACUGAGGGAAUGUUCCUUUGUGUCUGAAUCAUAUGAGUUGAGUCCAUGGGACAGAUUCGUUCACUGCCUUGUACAACAUACAGCAGAUGUGCAUGGUUAGCUAACAGAUUUCAUUGUAAUGCAGCUUUAGAACAAAACAGCUGCGUUAUUUCUGUUUAAAUACUGAUGUGAAAUACUAUUACUGUACUUUGGUAUUCGUGUUUUUUUUGUUGUCACACAGGUACAUAGAUAUGUAAGCAGGAGCAUACAUACAGUAUUUAUACUGCACAUUCAGUAAAUGUUAAAUUUGAAUAUACUGUAGCUGAGAUUAAAGUGAUGAGUGAGAAAGUUACUGAUGUAGAAAUAUCAUACCUCUCACCAUUACAAUAACAGGGGAGGUUAGCAUUUUAUAUCAUACCCCCAAGACAUGCUAACCUCUCAC